AUGAAGGUGUCAAGGUCGUCCCGCCAUCUCCGUCUGGGCCUGCCACGUCCGCGCUUAAUUUGAGGCAUCCACUUGGUAGCUAUGCUGGCCCACCUAUCCGGGUGCAUGCGGCAAACGUGGCCUGCCCAGUCCCACUUUAGUCUGGCGGUCUUCUCUUCACAUCAGCUAUUCGUGUUUUGGAGCGCAGUGUAGAGUGUAGUGUUUCGGAUGCGAUCCAUCCUAGUAACACCUAAAAUACUGCGCUCCAUUGCUCGUUGGCACACCUUCAAUUUGGACUUCUGACCCUCGGUGAAUGACCACGUUUGGGCACCGUAGUUAAUCUCUGAAGAUGGCUUUAAAACCAACGACAUGUAAGGAAGCCAUCGCGCGCUGGGAGAAAGCAAAGGAGCAGGUGGCUGCGGAGGCCACGGUGAUCGAGCUGCAGUUCCAGUGGCCGCCCAUAGAGAAGAUGGACGGAGUUCUCUCGACGCUGGUCGCUUGCGAGAAACUGAGUUUAUCGUCCAAUAUGAUCGACAAGGUAGCAGGAAUCGCUGGCAUGAAGAAUUUGAAGAUACUGUCCUUGGGCAGGAACUACAUUAAAUCUUUGGCUGGAAUUGAGACAGUUGCCGAUACACUGGAAGAGCUGUGGAUGAGCUACAAUCCCAUAGAUAAGCUGAAAGGCAUAGGAGCGAUGAAAAACCUACGUGUGUUCUAUUUGUCAAACGCAAUGAUCAAGGAAUGGGUAGAAUUUAAUCGCUUGCAGGAGUGCCCAGCUUUAAGAGACCUAGUGAUGUCAGGGAAUCCUUUAUGCGACAGCCAGCCGGACGUGGAUACCUGGCGAACCCAAGCCUGCAAUCGUCUUCAGCAGGUCACCAAGCUCGACGGCAUUCCCGUCAUCAGGGAUUAACAAUCGUCUUAGAGUAAGCCAGGAGUUUAUAAACAACAUUGCCUCGAGCCCCGUACUUGCUAAAGCGCAAUGCACUUCAAAUGUAAGACGUAUUCCCUCGGUUUUGAUACUCCUGCAAUAUGGUCAAGAGUAACUACGGCCGUUAAAUUCGUUUAAAUGAUAUAUACUUAAAUAAUACUAAUCUAUACUUUAUCUUUAAUAUACCACACAG